AUGGCUUCCGUGCUGGCCCCCGCUGCACAGGCGACGGCUCCUACCUCGCUGACACAAUCUGUUCACCGGCCGCCUGCCUCACAGCGCCCUCCUUCUCAGAGGAGACCUGCAGCUACCGGGCCGCGACCUGGGCGACCCCGGGCCUCUGCUCCCCUGCCCUCUGCCUGCACACACCGCUCUGGCAGUCUCAUCCAUCUUCACGUCACCAGAUGCACGUCUAUACCUGUCAGACUCAUCCUCCUAACUCCAGACUCGGAUGCCCAGGCCCCUGUCCUGGCCCCUCCGCUGUCCAGCAGACGCACGUCCAAAGCCAACUCCCCUCCGCCCACCGCUGCCCGCACCUCAGCCAACAGCAGUACCGCUUGCCGGCUGCUCAGAGGGAAAAACGAGGCCAGCGUCGAGCCUUCCCUCUCCUUCCUUCCCUGCCCAUCCAACCCGUCAGGAAACCCUACCUGCCCCGCCUUCAAACGUGCCACCCAACCGUUUCCCAACCACGGCCACGUCACCAGUGACCGCCUCUUUCCUGAAUGCCUACAGUAG